UGCUUUAGUAAUUUUUUUUUAAUGACCAUGAAAAUAAAUAUUAAUUAACAACGUGUGGACUUGCAAUAAACUGCUUCCUACAUGAAUACCACAACUUUGAUCAAAGUCACGUGUUUUACAACAAACGAUGGCGGUGGCAGUUUUUACUCUGCAAUUAAACUAUGAUAUCUUACCAGGACUAGUGACAAUCGGCAAAUAUGAUGGGUCUCAUUACUGCAUUACAGCUGCCACUGUUGGAGACAAGGUGAUUAUCCAUCGUCCGUACAGGCGUGACAACGAAAUUUCACUUCUGAAUGUGGAGCAGAAAAUUACCUCACUAUGCGCUGGAAAGUUAAGUCAAGACGAGGACAAAGAGGUCCUGGUCAUUGGAAGUCCGGAUAGCGUCCUUGUUUAUCAUGUUGACAAUAACAGUGAUGUCUUCUAUCAAAAAGUUUCAGAUGGAGCAAACGUACUACAGAUCGGGCAAGUUGGAAGUGGGGAGCAAAUGGUCAUCGUUGGCGGUAACUGCGUUUUGCAAGGAUUCAACGCGACAGGCGAGGACGCAUUUUGGACGGUGACCGGGGAUCAAGUCCGCUCCUUGUGCCUUGCAGACUUGAACGAUGACGGAUGCAAUGAGUUGAUCGUUGGAUCAGAUGACUACGAACUAAGGGUUUUCAAGGAGGAUGUCCUCACUCACGAGAUCACGGAGACGGCUGCAGUCACAGCCUUGGUCAGUAUUCGUGGCUCCCAAUACGCCUACGCACUAUCCAACGGAACCAUCGGUGUUUAUAAUAAGACGCAGCGAGUUUGGCGAGUGAAGUCAAAAAACCUGGCUCGAUGCCUGGCAAGUUUCGACAUAGACGGGGACGGUGUGGAGGAGCUUAUUGUCGGUUGGUCGAACGGGAAAAUCGACGGGCGGAACAGUUUGUCAGGCGAAGUGAUUUUCCGGGAUGCGCUAUCCCACGGGAUCGCAGGCAUCGUUUGUGGCGACUACCGCUUGGCCGGCACCAAUCAACUCAUCGUCAUUUCUGAGAAGGGAGAGGUGCGAGGCUAUGAUUCGUCGAGUUUAAAACAGGAUACCAGCUUGCAACCCGAUGUUGUAAAAGAGCUUUUAACGAGGAAACAAGUUUUGACAUCUGAGCUGAAGAACUAUCUUCCCGCGCCUGGACAACGUGGAAUCCCGGCAAACACACGACUUGUCACAGAAAUGUUCGCAGUGGAAAGUUCGCAGUUUUAUAAGUUUGGACACGUAAAUUUGUCCCUGUCGACAAACAACCAGACGCUCUUGAGAGCUGUGACAAUUUUUUCAGAGGGAAUCUUUGACGGUGAAACGUUGGUGGUUCAUCCGAAACUUGCCCAAGUUUCGAACUCUCUGAAAGUUGCGUUGAUCUCACCCAAAAAUAUCCCAUAUGACAUCCAUAUACGAGCAUUCGUUGGAAAUACAGCAGAUAGCGAUCAAUUGCAUGUUUUCGAAUUGACGAGGCAACUUCCUCGAUUCUCUACAUUCCUCCUACUGAAGGAUGUCCCAGAUAUUAAACCAAAAAAUUUUGUGACCUUUACGCUCAACACAAGACCUAAAAGACUAGAUCUAUGGCUGAAUCAAAAUUUUUUGCUGGCGGAGGUCAUGGAGUCGAAUGAGCGGGCUCAAUUGAGUGAGUGGUCGGCUACGUUCCGGUGUUUGAGGGAUGGAAGCAUUCUAAGACUCCAUCAUGAAUCAAACACGAUGACAAUUGCUACGGAGGAUAUAAGCUUGGCUGCGGACGUGCUUCAAUCACUUGCUUUCCAUUUCAAUCUUGAGAGAGUUGAUCCAAUUGCGGAAUUCCCUACUAUUCAUGAGGAACUGAAGCGUUCCAUGGAAAAUUUAGAUGAACUGCGGAAGAACAUAUCCAGGAUGGCCACAUCCACAGCAGAUAAUGUGAGCAUGAUCAAGAGUCUAAUCGUUCAAGCUGAGGAUGCCCGCAUUUUGAAGCUGAUGAAAAACAUGAGAGACUGCUAUGUGCAACUAUAUCAGUUGAACAAAGAGAUGACGGCUAAUUCGAAAAUCGUCUGUGAAAACCAUAGUAAUUUGAUGAAUAUUUUGAAAAACAUUAACUCUAUUAUUCAACAUGCAACGAGACUACAUGUUGGCAAAAAUAAGAGUGAAAUCAUUAGUUUGAGCAGAAAUGCCACCGCAAAUAACAAUGUCGACGCCUUGAUUAAAAUUAUUCAGACCGGCAGACUUUAGGGGGAUUAUUAGAGGGAAGAAAAUGGAUCAGAAAAUAUUAAGAAAUGAUUAAGAG